GAGAAGAUGGCGGACGUAGAUCAGUGGAUAGAGAUCGCGAAGCAGUGCAAAUAUUUACCAGAAAAUGAUUUGAAGAAACUAUGUGAUAUGGUGUGUGAACUCCUACUGGAGGAGUCUAAUGUACAGCCCGUUUCCACCCCGGUCACUGUGUGUGGGGACAUUCAUGGACAGUUUUACGACCUGAUGGAACUCUUCAAAACUGGGGGUCAGAUGCCAGAUACAAAUUACAUAUUUAUGGGUGACUUUGUUGACAGAGGGUACUUCAGUUUGGAGACUUUUACUCUACUGUUAACACUCAAAGCCAAGUGGCCUGACAAGAUAACGUUGCUGCGAGGAAACCAUGAGAGUCGACAAAUCACACAGAUUUACGGUUUUUAUGAUGAGUGUCAGACAAAGUACGGUAAUGUGAACGCCUGGCGAUACUGCUGUAAGGUGUUUGACCUCCUCACUAUAGCAGCGAUAAUUGAUGAUAAUGUUUUAUGUGUGCAUGGAGGCUUGUCACCAGACAUCAAAACCAUUGAUCAGAUCCGCACGAUUGAGAGGAACCAGGAAAUCCCCCACAAAGGCGCUUUCUGUGAUCUGGUUUGGUCUGAUCCAGAAGAUGUGGAGACCUGGGCCAUUAGUCCUCGAGGGGCAGGAUGGCUGUUUGGCUCAAAGGUCACUCAAGAGUUUGUUCACAUCAACAAUAUCAAGCUGAUUUGUCGCGCUCAUCAACUCGUUCAUGAAGGCUUCAAGUAUAUGUUUGAGGAGAAGCUGGUAACAGUUUGGUCUGCCCCUAACUACUGUUACCGCUGCGGUAACAUAGCCGCUGUUCUCUCCUUCACGGACUGCGAUCAUCGUGAGCCGAAACUUUUCCGUGCUGUCCCAGACAAUGAACGUGUCAUACCAUCACGAACAACAACACCAUAUUUUCUCUAGAGACUUGUGCAAAGUGUACAGACUGUUCAACAAACUCUCAUCUAUAGAUGCGAGGAAUAAGGGAGGUAACUGUGCUGUGGGUGGAUGAAGGGAGAUAACCUGCCCACCUGGAUUCCUUAUCAGAUGUUAAAAAAAUUCACACAACUGAUGCAAACCAGGUUUUGUAUUGACCCUGAAUAACACUUUUUUGUAAAUUUGUUGGACAUACAUGUAUGCAAACUCCAGUGCAAAUAGAACUGCAUGUUAUUUGUACAGAUGUUACCUUUUUAUGGUGAGACAUAUGCCCAGGAACUGAAUCAGUAUCUCUGCAAUCCAUCUUCAGAAUGAACUAUAACCUGCCCCUAACUACUGGCCUUUCAUUUCCGUCUGAAUAAUUCCAAUGGAGUGCAUGAUGUGAGCAGGAGUUACUCCCCUCUAACUGAGCUGGACAGCAGGUUUAUCUUGUCUGUAGUAUAAACAGGGUAAACCUUUUCCCUGGCUGCUUGAUCCAGAGUUCCCCAGAGUUCACAGCCAGUUUUAAUCUGGAUUACAGAGUGUAGAUAUGCAGAUAUCUCUGUUCCAUCUUGCACGUUAAAUGUCUGUACUUGAGCAGUUGUAGAAUACCAGUAAUGAUAACCUAAAUGUUUUGAUGGAGGUUUGCUUGACAGCAUGGCCAUUUAGAGAGACUUUUGUGGCUCCAGCUCAGUGAUUUUUAACAUAAUUUACAUGAAAUGUCUGAUGUAAAUAAAGGUACAAAGAUACAAAUUCCUGUACAUUACUGUUUACCUCAGUCACAUCGUAAUUUAAAAGCAUAGUCAGAAGUUUGAUGGUCAGAAUUGCCCGUGAAUAAUCGAAAGACAGUCCAUCACCUGUCUUCUUGGCAUUUAUCAUCAUCAGUCAUUUAUUUAUUUAUUUGAUUCGUGUUUUACGCCAUACUAGAGAAUAUUUCACUUAUACGACGGCGGCCAGCAUUAUGGUGGGUGGAAACCGGGCAGAACUCGGGGGAAUCCCACGACCAUCCGCACGUUGCUGACAGACCUUCUCGCAUACGGCCGGAGAGGAAGCCAGCAUGAGCUGGACUUGAACUCACAGCGACCGCAUUAAUGAGAGACUCAUGGGUCAUUACGCUGUGCUAGCGCUUUAACUGACUGAGCUACGGAGACCCCUCAUCAUCAAUCAUCAAAUGUGUAUUGUCAUCAGUAGUUGUAAUGUGCCAGAUGAAAACAACCCCCUUGACAUGUACAUGUGUUAAAGCUGAGGCAUACACAGUGAGAAACAUCUAAGUGCCACCAUGUUAUCAAUUUUUUAUCGAGUUUUUUCUUUAACCGGUGAACCUGGUUGUUUCUGCUGACAUCACGAGAACCCUGCAUGGUCUUUCAGCCACAUGUGCAUAGGGUAUAAUUCCUGUGACAUCAUACUUCCGCUCUUUAACAUGGCGUGCCCCUUAUGCCUCCUAACAAUUGGAGAUUCAAACUUGAUUUAUAAAGGUAUGUCGUCAGAAAAACAAUGACUGUCUCUCAUGGAGUCGCUUUCCACCAAUAAUUCCGGUUAUUUGUUAUCUAUUCUUUUAAAUUCUGUCUGUGACUUAAUGGAAAGCUCGACUGGUGUGUAGGAUUGCAUUCCACAUCUGGUUGUGUAGGAUUGUAAUAGCGUCUUGUGUUAUGGCUGUACCGUAGCAUCUUGUGUUAUGGCUGUACAGUUACAUUUUGUGUUAUGGCUGUACCGUUACAUUUUGUGUUAUGACUUUACCAUUUCCAGGCAAUGUUUUGCCUGAUGAACUGAAAUGGUUUGUUUUUAUCUGCUGCCAAGUCUUACUUAUCAACAGAUCACGAUAUGCAAAUUCCGAAUGAGUUUUUUUCUUUCAGUCGGAGCACAAUAAACAGUGUGGGCAGUAAACGUGUAGCCUUGAACGUCUGAAAAGGUGAAUGAUGUAACUACUAGUACAGCCUUGAAACUGUUGUACAUUUAUAUAAAUACUUAUAAUAAAAUGAGAAUUUUA